GAUGUCAGUCGGCUAAAUGGCAGAUGGCGAUGUUUCCAAAUGUGGUCGUAAAACUGCGUUAUCCACUUUCUUCGCUGUCACUUUCACGGCAUUUACGCUUUCAUUGAUCUCGGUGAUUAGCCCCUCAUGGCAGUACGUUUAUCUGGAGAAUGGAAGGACCGAGCAUCAUCAUGGAUUAUGGUUAGAUUGCAAGAGGGAUUACUCUUUCGACUAUGGACGAACGAGGGAGUAUUAUGAAACGCUUUAUAGACGGGACUUACAAGGAUCUCCAUUCGAUAUAUUCUUCUUACCACCAUUACAAUGUGUAUAUAAAUUCGAUUACUAUAUUGAUCCAGAGGAUCUCUAUGACCAUAAUCAUGACGAGAACAGGAUACAGAACGAUGCAUAUCAGCAUUUAUUUUUGGGUUGGAAAAUCGCAGCACUUUCCGGAUGCGGGUCUGCGGUAAUUUUCACAGCAUCUGCAUUGCUCCUUGCCGUUUGUGCUUUCUGCCAUAGGACUUUCAUUUGUGCCUCAACUGUUCUCGUCUCUGUGGCUGCCAUAUUAUCUACCAUUGGAGUAUCAGUAUUCUAUGCAUGGGCAAAUUAUCAGGACAACAAGGUUAUCAAGGAAGAGGAAGAUACAAUAUAUGAGCAAAUCCUGGGAUGGGCUUUCUAUUGCCAAGUAAUAUCCGCACUUGUGACUUGGCUAGCAUCAAUGCUCGGUUGCUGCGUCACCUCAGUAUCCUUUAGCAAAUCAAGAGCCAAGUUAGUAAAAAUAGAGGUCGUUGAAGGAGGCGACGAGUCACAGCCGCUAUCUAGUAGGAACUCAUCGCAACCGUUUAAAAGAUCGUUUUCUGCUAUUUAUCGCGUUGAUUCGCAAUCUCUUCGACAGUGGGAACGAGAUUACAUUAGAAAUGCGCAAGAGCGCCAACAACGGCCACCAGAUGAGCGCACGUUCAAAAGAACGAUUUCGAUGCCGAACUACUCGAAGAAACAGAAAGCUGCAGCUCAGAAAAAAUUUACUGCUCGACCGGGGCGCGAUCUGUUCUCAUCUACCAGUAAUAUGACUGAAUCCACGCAUACAGGCUCUGUAAAUACCCUGGAAAGAAAUCAAACACGAACUGUGCCUGCUCAACCUCCGCCUCCGACUAUUUCUUCCCCUCAGCCUAAUCCCAAGCUGAAGUCAGCGCUGAAAACGCCACAGCAAUCAAGAAAAAGCAUUAAUUUUGACGACAGCGAUAUUACUUAUGAGUACUUGGCCUGUGAUGACGUUUCAGUCGGCGUUUCGAGCUUUUCAGGAACUAGCAAGAAACCUCCUUCCCAAAGAACAUACGACCCGAUCUACGAGCAGAUUGGACAACAAGCAUAUCUCGAGCCGGACAGUGUCCGCCGGUCUAAUCUUGCAUUGAAUGUCGACUCUAGCAAGCGAGCUCUACCAGCAUCAGAACCUUUACAUGGAUCCUCACAGUCUGUACCUACUGGCCAGCCAAAGGCGAAAACUACCCUGAUAGAUGACGUAGCCAAACCUUCAUCUUCGGUAGAUCUCCGUAAGAGUCCAGCUCAUCCAGCGUUCCCAACAACUUCGAAACGUGUGAUGGGUGAUGCGGGAAUGGCGAAGGAGAUCUCUGGGAGAAGCGACCUCAGCGAUAAGAAGAGCGAGACUAAGACAACAAGUUUCCCUGCCACUCCUCGUCUCGACUCCAAGCCUCCACUAUCCAUACGAGACUUUGGCGUUGAGCUCACUCCAAGACCUGGCUACUGCGAUGUUGGAACCACCUUCAGCAGUCAGAACACGUCAGAAAACUCUAUUGUCAAAACUAAGUACGUGGAACUUGAUCUGGGAAAGAGCAGUACUGAAGUGCAUUCUUCAUCUGCUCCAUCGCCAUUGAAGUACAUUACCGUGGAAAAACCAAAUGUAAACAGACUUGAAAAGCUGGCUGGACGUCCCUCUACUUCUAUUGAUAAUCCUGCUGUCACAAGAUUGUCACCACCUUCAUUAUCAGUAGCAUCGCGACAGAACGAAUCCUACGAUAGUAUACCUCUGUCAAAAGCAGGCAUAGCCAUUAAUACUUUUGGAAAUCAUCAAAGACAAAGGUCAAUAACUAAUCUCACAUUUCGUCCACAAUCCACUACCGGUGCCUCGGAAGUGUUCGAACGGCCAGAUUCGAUGAGCCUUGAGUCAUCCUCAGUGACUAGUCCAUCUCCUCGAAAACCACAUACUCCACUGAAACAACUCGUCCAUAGGAAGCUGCUCACCACCAUGCCAGACGAGGUGGAUCGCUCGAUAGGUGCAUCGACUGUGUUCGAAAAUGAGACAAUGCGAGAUAGCGCGGAUUCCUAUGCUAGAGAUGCGGAAAUUCGCCUUAAUCUGUUUAUGCAGGAUAAGACAAAAGAUGAAACAACUGUGUAAAUAAAGGAAA